AUCCAUAUUGAUUACUGCUCACUCUACCCACCAAAUUCCGCACACAAUCUAAAGUUCACAAGGACUCUAGAUUAACACUCAUUUUCACGUUUGGGACCACCAAUUGGUAUCGGAGUGGACUUCUCACUAUCUACGUUUAGAUUAAUGAGAAGCGAUCAUAAUGGUGAACAAUAUGGAUCACGGUUUGCCCAAGUUUUCUCUCUUAGGUUAUGAUGAUUGGAAGAUCAUGAUGGAAGCACAUCUCUACGCUCUACAUGACUGCAUGUGGAUGGUGCUUGAGGAUGGACCCUUGAAAAUCCAAAUGGAGAAUCCUGAAAGGAAUCCAGCAACUCCUGAUGUAAUCCAGUACAUUCCAAAGCCCAAGGAAAAAUGGGAUGAUAGAGAUUGUAAAAAGCACAAUCUGGACAACGUCGCCAAAGCAGCCAUCUUCAAGACACUUGAUCCCAUCACCUUCUCCAAAAUCAAGCAUCUCAAGACUGCCAUGGAAAUAUGGCAAGGUCUUGGGAAGCUAUGUG